AUGCAUUUAGCCCAAAUCAACCACGAAUAUAAUUUGAAGAGAGAAAAAGAAGCGGCCCAGAUAGUUUUAUCACAAAUCAGCUUACUGAUUACACAACUCUCGAACGAUAAUUUUAAUCACGUUUCCAAACAGAUCGACUUCAUAUUAGACAAGUCGUUGCCAGCAGUCCGCAUUAAAUACUGGAAGAAACUUUUGACACUUUGUUGCGCUGAUAUAAAGAAAACUCACGUCUUAGAUCACGAAACAAAUCUAAUUCACCGUCUGUUUUCCAACUUAUUGAAAAACCUUCCCUUCUGUAGUCCAGAAUUCAUCAAUUCUCUCAAAGAAAGUAUUUUCAAGACCGAAGAACUUGAAAGCCAAUUCAAUUUAACAGAUCAAGAUAUACAACUGACGUUGGAUAAUCUCACAGUUCCAAAUUUGAAGGAAGUGCUUUACCCAAAUAUUAUUCUAGACAAAUUAAAACAACUGACGAAAAUGAACAACCAUAAUAUUUUACAGAGUUUACUGUCGAAUUCGUCUCCGGACAAUUUUGCGUCCCGACUACAAGAUAUGUUAGGGACUCUAUCGGGGGAAGGCCUAAACGAUAUGGUGGCGUUGUUGCUGUCCGAAAUCGUAUCACCUGGUUCGCAACACUUGCAAGACGAUUUAGCGCAUAGUUGGGCCACACCUGUAGAUAUUAAACAGGCGACAGAGAGGGGGUCUCAAAUCUCUAACGCUUUCAAAAGAGCUCAAGAUAAUUCAAUAAACUGGAACCGUGUAUUUAACCUGAUGCAGACAAAAUAUUUUUUGGCAGUGGCAAUAUCACCUACUGCUGCAUCGUUGAGUGCCCUUUUUGCAUCUUUGAAAUACGGGAACCUAAUAGACCAAUUCUUCAACUGCGACUGGAAUAUCUCUUUCAAGUUGAUCGUGACAUGUUUGCUGCAUAAAUGGGACCCACAACAGGGUUGUUUCAACUUGUUAACGGAUACCAAAAUGAGGAAAGUUUCAGAUCUCAUUACAAACUCGAAAAAUUCAUUACUAUACUUAAUGUCUGUGGCUACAUUAGAUUUGGAACUCUUCCUGCUAAGAGACGAAUUAACUAAUAACCCAAUGUUAAAGUUUUAUCAAGAAUGUUUUUUCGAAGAUUUUAGCCUAGUGCCAGAAUACUUGUAUUUGGCGCUCAUUAACAACAUGAAACACUUCACACUUUUGAUCGAAAAUAGAAGCGUCAUCGAUGAGAUUAUCGUAACGUUACUUGUCCAAGUUUUUGAAAAGACGCCUGCUGUUCUUGGUGAUCUAUUGAAAGUCUUAGUGAAUAAGGACAAGUUGCUGCCUGACCUCACAAGAAUGGUUAUAACUAGAAAUGACGCACCAGUUGGGGUGUUUCUAAAAGUACUAUUAGACCAAAGGCAACUGGAUUCUAUCCUAAACAAAUUUACUUUCACUGAAACAUUUGGAAUCUUACCAGUAGCGAUUGCAAUUGGUUGGAAUGGCUUUGAAGAAUACAUGAGUUCAAAUUUAACGCGGGAAAAUGUACCUACCAUAUUGACUUUCUUGGAGGCUCAAGUGAAAAUUUCCGAUGCGAAUUCGAGCUUCCAAUCCUCUAAGAUAUUUGGCUUACCAGCGCUACAUUUCCUCGUCACAUCUCUGAUGAAUCUAUCGCUGGCAGGAGCCACUUUGUCAAGAUUUGAAAAUCUUCAAUAUGCUAUCAUUAUUGCAUUUCCAAGAAUAAUCAACUUUGGAACCGGCCACGAUAAGGCAAUCCUAGCGAACGGUGACUUUUCCCCCAUUACUCCUGAUGUAGAGAAGGAAAUGCAAAACUACUUGCAGCGAAUGUACAGUAGUGAAAUAGCAAUCAAGGAUGUCGUUGAGAUACUCAGAAAAUUGAAGGAAAGCGAUGAUCCAAGGAGUCAGGAUGUUUUUGCCUGUAUUACACACGCUGUUUUGGCCGAAUGCUCGUUCUUCAAAGAUUAUCCGCUGGAAGCAUUGGCAACCACUUCAGUGCUCUUCGGUUCCAUGAUUUUGUUUAACUUGCUGAAUGGAUUUGUUUUAGCUGUUGCCUUGACAAAGAUCUUAUCUUUUGCUGUGGAAGGGCCAGAUUCGAAAAUGUUCAAAUUUGCACUUCAAGCUAUUUAUGCUUUUAGGGUUCGGUUGAAUGAUUUUCCAAAAUACUGCCAGGAUUUACUUCAACAGGUUCCUGGCUUGCAAACUCAAACCCAGGUAUACCAAUUUAUUCUAGACGCUUCUCAGAAGACGAGUCGGAUCAAUGAAAAUUCAAAAGAAAAAAAUGGUUCUGCAUCUAUAGAGAUGAUACCUUUGAGGUAUUUUGUGGUAGAUAAUUGGAGGUCACCUAUUAUUCAGGAAACCCCUUCAAAGGAUGUUACUGAAAAAGUUCUUUUCAUUGUGAAUAAUCUUACCAUGGAUAAUUUUGAUGAGAAGAUCCAAGGGCUAAAGCAAGCUUUGACGCCAAACUACGCUACCUGGUUUUCAGGCUACCUUGUGAAUCAAAGAGCGAAAACUGAACCAAAUUAUCACAAUUUGUAUGCCCGGAUUUUGGUUGUUUUAAACUCUCCAGUACUGAAUGACUCGAUCAUUAAUGUUACCUUAAGACAGUUGUAUCGGUUUUUAGCCGCGAAGGAUAUACAGUCUGUGGACAAAAAGCUGUUAAAGAAUCUUUCCCUGUGGUUAGGUGCAAUUACGUUGGCAAUCGAUAAACCCAUCAAGCACAGGAAUAUUGCUUUCAGGGAACUGCUAUUGGAAGCUUACAGGGAGCAAAGGUUGGAACUAACCAUUCCCUUCGUUACAAGGGUUUUGCAAAACGCUGUAAACUCCAAAAUAUUCAAGCCACCCAAUCCAUGGACCCUAGGUAUUCUACAAGUAUUGCUGGAAUUAAACAACAAAUCAAACUGGAAGCUGAACUUGACAUUUGAGGUUGAAGUAUUAUUCAAGCAGUUCAACAUGUCUAUGUCCGAAUUGGAACCAACAAACUUUAUUGAGACUCGGGAUAGUGUUGAGGUACUUGCUGGUAACUUAGGAACCAUGAGUUUAGAACAGCAACAGGCAGAGCACCAAAAACAGGGGAUAAUCAUGCAACAAUACCAACAGCAUAUCUUACUAAAUCAACAAAGACAAAGAGUUGUUUCUCUUGCAGAGGCUCAACAGCGACCACCAUCAUUUGCCCCAGAAGGUAACAUGCCGGCACCUGACGCACUAUUUAACAAUUUAGUGGGUUCGACAAUAUUUGUGUCUCAUCCUGAGCUCAAACGUAUUUUCCAGAUGGCGCUAACAAAAGCCGUCCGGGAAGUUUUGGUACCUACUGUAGACAAAGCAUCGAACAUUGCUGUGGUGGCAACUACGAAAAUUGUGGCUAAAGACUUUGCUACAGAAGUAGAUGAAGUUCAAAUGAAAGGGGCCGCAAUCAAUAUGGUUCGGCAACUGGCAAAAAGUUUGGCUCGGGCAACAUCAAUCGACAGCUUAACAGAAAGUAUCAGAUCUGCUGUUCAAGUGCUGUCCCCCAACUUGAUGGCAUUGCCUGGUUCGCCAUUGGACGACCUUGAAAUAGCAAUCAACGAGAAUAUCGGUCUAUGUCUCGGAAUAAUUGAGGAAACCACAAUAGAUAAGGCGACAACAGAAAUGGGUGAACAGCUAAUACAGGCCAUUGCUAUUCGUCGUUAUCAUAAGGAAAGACGUGCAGAUCAGCCGUUCUUGGACCCUUCUGCAAAUCCUUAUUCUUUAUCCUUACCGGAACCUCUUGGCUUAAAAAGCUCUGGUGUCUCUCCACAACAGAUGAAAAUAUAUGAAGACUUUGGAAAAAUAAUUCCAAAUAUGGACAACUUUACGAAUGGUCCCCCGGGCCCACAAACACAAGGUAUGACCAAUCAAACCACCUUGCUUCAAAAUCAAAAAACCAUUCUUCAGAAUCAACAAAAUGUUCUAAGCGUUCAACCUCAGCAGCCUCAUUUGGUAAUCCAAAACAAUCAGCCGCAGCUGCAAUUACAAAAUCAAGCUGCAGUCCCCACUGCACCUACUGCUAACGCACUACAAGCUGAAUUAGAGCAAAAUCACAGAGUGCUUGUUUAUUUGAUGGAUGUUCUAGUGGCACAAAUCAAGGAGAACGCUGAUAAACAGACUUUGAAUGAUUUAGGUGAACAAAAUCAAAUCAAGAACAUUAUUUUCCAAAUUUUGACUUUCAUUGCGAGAAGUCCUCAAAAAGAUCAGCUAGCUCUAAAGGUUGCCCAAGCUGUUGUCAACAGUUUGUUUGCAACCAGUGAAAGCUCGCUUUGUAGGGAAGUUUUAUCUCUUUUAUUAGAAAAGUUGUGUUCUUUGUCCAUGGUUGCUCGAAAGGAUGUUGUAUGGUGGCUGGUAUACGCGCUAGAUAGCAGGAAAUUCGAUGUUCCGGUGAUCAGAUCUUUGUUGGAGGUGAAUCUGAUUGACCCUGCUGAGCUUGAUUCUGUACUAGUUACAGCAAUGAAAGAAGAAAUGGAAAAAUCGAUUGAUUUCGUGAUGAGCCUUCUGAAGGACGUUGUAUUUUCUGACGAGCCCCUUCUAUUGAGAAUGGAUUUUGUGCAUACCCUUGAAUACCUUGGGACUUUGUAUAAUCCUGAAGUCAAAAUUUUUUUGGAGAGUUGUGAGAAAGAAACGGUCAUGCCUGUCGCAAAGAAGACACCUGUUACCGAAACAGAAAAGUACUUUCUGGUCUUCACGGAAUGGGUUAAGAUAUUACAGAGGGUGGACGUCAACGACACUGUUGUUUUAGCUUUCAUCCAGCAAAUGGUUGAUAAGGGUAUCAUAUCCACGAGUGACAGUCUGAUUAAGUUUAUAAAAGCUGCUUUAGAGUUGUCCGUCCUUUCUUUCAAGCAAAGUGAUCCAACUGGGGAAGUGUUCACCGCCAUUGAUGCUCUGGGUAAGUUGCUAGUGAAAUUGAUGGUAGUUCAAGACUUCAAUGAAGUUUCUCGUGCAGAUUUCACGAACAUGAUAUUUUCUGUCAUAAUGCUGAUAUUUUCCAAGGACCACUCCCAAAACAGCUCCGCCUUCAACGAAAGACCAUACUUCAGGCUGUUGUCCAAUUUGUUCAUUGAAUGGUCUUUUGCUAGAGGCCGUAAUUUUGCUUCAAUCACCAACAAGGAAACAAGAAAGGAGUUACGCAAUUUCGAUGUUGAAUUUUAUAACAUAUUUGCAUCUUAUCUGCACUCCUUGCAGCCAUUUGCAUUCCCAGCGUUCUGUUUUGCAUGGGUUUCUUUAAUAUCCCACAGAAUGUUCUUACCAGUGAUGUUAAGUCUACCUAAGAAGGCGGGCUGGGAAAAAAUGCUCAUUCUCAUAAUCGACUUAUUCAAGUUUUUGGAUAAGUAUACAAAGAAGGAUUCUGUUACAGACGCAGUAUCCGUCAUCUACAAGGGCACACUUCGUAUCAUACUCGGCAUUUCCAACGAUUUCCCAGAAUUCUUGAUUGAAAAUCAUUAUCAACUAUUGAACAAUCUUCCAUGCUCGUAUUUCCAAUUGAAAAACGUUGUGCUGUCUGCCAUUCCGACAAAAAUGUGCUUCCCAAACCCCUACAACCCUACCUUACAAUUGAGCAAUCUGGAAUCAUGUCAAGAAUGCCCUUCUGUAUUUUAUGACCCAAUUAAUGAUCUAUCCACUUUAAAGAAGCCAGUCGACAACUACUUACGGAUUCCUUCCAACUCGCUUUUAAGGACGAUUCUAGGUUCUGUAUUCCGUUCUGAAUAUGACGUUAGAAAUGGUGUCGGAUUUGACUUUUUAAGUGUUGAUUCGAAAGUUGUAAGAGCCAUUGUCCUGCAUGUUGGGGUUGAAGCUGGUCUAGAGAAUGAAAGGACCUCCUCAAACGCUGUAUUCAAUCCCGAAUCAUCAUACUACACGUUACUGUACAACAUGAUUCAUGAUGGAACAGCUGAAUUGAAGUUCCAGGUUAUAGAGGUGAUGGUGGAACAGUUAAGAUACCCUAACAUCCACACUUACUGGUUUAACUACGUCUUACUAAACAUGUUCACAAGUAAAGAUUUUGGUGACCAAAUUGCUGAGGUUCAAGAACUCAUCCUAAGAUGCAUACUAGAGAGGAUCAUUGUAAAUAAACCGCAUCCAUGGGGUGUCUCGAUAUUGACCACCCAGCUACUAAAUCAAGAUGAAGUGAAUCUGCUGGAACUGGAGUUCAUAAAGACUGUGCCGGAGAUAGAAAAAAUGUUAACAUUGAUGUUAAAACAUACUAAACAACGCGCCUCUUCCUCCGACGGAAAGCACGUUGAGGGAAGUGGUGAGGCAUCGGCCGCGACCAUCGCGCACUAG